AACUUGUCGCUGUGCGGACGUCACGUUUGGCUGCUGCUCCGAGAUUUGAGAAAUCCAUUCGAAAUAUCCGAUUUUACGUCUUUGUGCUUGGCUCUAUCGCGCUUUAUCGCUCAGUAACGGCGACCAUUAAUUAAAUGGCAAAGUGUCGGUGUGUCAAUUGAAUCUGUACGACUUUUGAUUGAAUUAAAAUACGAAGUUGCAAAACACAAUAACAGCAAUAAUAGCCAGUGCAAUUAGCGGUAAUUAAGCCGGACCAUCGCGGUAAUUUUUGCACAUUUUUGAUCGGGCGCCAAAAGAUAUUUUUUGCACACACACUGUCGCUCCCUGCCUUUUUUUGGGAUAAUUAAAUUGGAGAAUUGUGUUUUGGGAAGAGAGUCCUUCCGCCUGUUGUAGUGGUUGUGUGUGUGAGUGUGCGCUACGGUGUGUGUUCAGUUGUUGUGGAGGAAUUUCUCAUUAAACCGGGCGCUAAAAGGAUUACGAACCCGUUCAUCUUCAUCGUCAUCAGACCCGCAGCGGCCCGAAUAACGUUGGUUCUCCUCCUAAAACGGAAACGUUAACCCCCAAAAACAAAUCUGGAAAUUAUGAUGUCGCAUCAACUGCAGCAGACACGUCGCCGCUUGGGCUCCGUCAGCGAUUCGGCGCCACCAUCGGAGUCCAGUGAGGGCACCGGCUCCUCUUCGGAGCCGCGGGACGAGUUGAUUCUGCACCCCGACUGGUCGGCUCACUCCCAGUCCUCGGCACAGCGGAGCAGCGUCCAUGGGACCACAUUCUCGUAUAAUGCCUCGGACAUCGAUGCGGACACCAUUAGCACAGACACCACGAGCAACACCAAUCUGUCGGACUACGAGCGGGGUCAGGUGGAGAGCUUUUUCGGCGGCCUGGGCACCGAGAUAUAUGUGAGUGGCGCCCUGGCGAAUCUCUACGAGGGCACUGGCAAGGAUGGCGACUGGCGGCUGGUCUUUACCGGCAUCCCAGUGAUUCUACACGAUAAGGGUAACUGCCGGGCCAGGGCCAUACCCAGAGUAACCCUCGUGCUGGCCGAGAGGGGCUCCUGCUUCUCGCUCUGGUCGGAUCGCAUUGACAAUCUCUCGAACUACCGGAUUGCGGGUCCCUCUUUUCACACCAUGUGCCUGUCGAGCAAUCACCAGCAGAUGAUCGGCUUCAGCUUUGAUUCCACGGAUGCGGCCCGCGAACUCUGGCAGCAUGUGGAGCGGCUGGUCAGUGAUCCGGAGAAUAUAGCAUUGACUGUGCCUGGAACCAGGAAGCAGAAGAAGCAGAAGCGCGUUAAGCCGGCUCCCCUGCCGCCCAAGUCGCAGAUUUCGCAUCCGUGCCAGUUCCACCACGUGACCAGUGUGGUCAAGGAGGACAGCGAGCGGUACUACAGCAUGCAGGCCUUUGGGCCCCCGAAUCCCCAGCAGCAUCGUUGAGUAGGGUCGGGCGCGUGGAUCUGGAACACGAGCGCCCUUUGGUGGCAGAACUGAGAUCUGCAAAACCCCCCAAAAAAAGUAUAGAGAUCCAGCUAUAAACCCAUAGUUAGUAGGAGUAGUUAUAGGAUUCGGGUAUAGCAGAUAUCUUGAGAGAUUUGAAGGUAUUUUGGAAAGUGUUAAAAGGGUAGAGAAAGAUGUGCGUUUAAUAUAUUGAAAAUUUUCCAAUGAAAUUUUCGUUUAUAUAGAUUUUGUUGAUAUACUUUUGAAGGUUUCAAAUCUCUAGAGAUUUCUGGGUAUCACACAAAUCUCUAGACAUUGUGUUUUCUUAUCUUAAAAUAUUUUAUUAAAUUUAAAAUGAUUUCUGAAACAUAUUCUUGCUACAUAUGCUUUCAAAUCUCUCAAGAUUUCUGUGCAACUCCAGCUAAAUCCCUUUGUUAUAGGCCUAAGUUAUGCCAAUGUGUCCCAAUCUGUUGACACAUUUAUCUGUGAUACAUUUUAGGCGUCUAUAAUUUAGAAAAGGUAACUGAAACAACAAAAACAACAAAAAUUUGAUAAAGAAAAUUUUUAAAGCAGACAUAGAAAAAUUAAAACAAGAAGUUUUUCAAGUUAUUACCAUACACAUAUAAUAUAUUAUAAUCAAUAAGUCCGAGAGUUUUUGUAAGUCCUUUUCUAAUAUCACACAUAGACACAUAACACUCUUAUGCAUAAUGAUAUAAUAUACCAUAUAUAGUCCUGAUAUCUAUCAAGUAAUCUAUGUAUGUCCCAUUUGCAGUCGCUGCAAAUGUUUUUUGAUACCUAAAAAGCUUGUUUUCUUAUCGAAUUAUGACUAAGCCCAGACAAAAACAGAAAAACAAAUAGAGAAAACCUAUUAACAAAGUGUUUUUUUAAAACUCUAUGUAUCAUAUUAUAAACAUGCAUCUAUAUGCUAUAUAUUACACCUAUAUCUAUACAUUAUAUGUAGCUCUAAGCAUUACAUCAUAGCCACAUGUCUGUAUAUCUCUGAACUUCAUAUAUAUUUGCCUGUGCAAAAACAGAAUGCGAGAAAAACAAAUAAAAGCUGAGAGAAAACAAACAAAA